AUGGGAUUUUCGGUGAAUUAUUUCAAUGUUUCUCUGAGCUUCGACGUCGUGUGUCUGGUAUUUUUGUUAUUGCCAGAUGGCAAUUAUUUGACACCGUUGAACUUCCUCAGCAAUAUCACGUGUACCGCUUUGCUGAGCAUAAUCUUUUACAAUAUAUUCACGUCCGACAUGAAAAUCGGCAUCGAGACGCUGAUGUGUGGAAAUUGGACGGACGUCUUUCAAUUCUUUGGAAUACUUUUGUUCACGUUCAUACCUAUAGUUCAAGUGUUUAAAAUCGAAGACGGGUCGAUUAGAAAAAAUGAUGAUAUCGCCUGGCCGUUAAAACUGUUGAACACGUCAAUGAUCAUACUUACAAAUAUGUACAUUGCAAUCGGCCUGUGUGGGUAUUUGGACCAACAAGACGUACCAAUAUUUGGAGUUCCAGUAUUAAAAUUCAUACCAGCUAUCAGGUGCAGGACACUUGUCAAAACAUGCGUCGCCGUAAAUGUUACGAUUUUUCACCGUGAACUGAAUGUUGAGUCCACAUUAUUGUGGGUGUCUUCCAUCAAGGUGAAUAAUGUGAAAAGCGAUAGUAAAAUAGGGCAACCACCGUCUGCCGCAAAAUACUCACUGGUCAUGAUUGCGGGAAUGACGGCAUUUACAAAGAUAUUAUUCACGUUUUGUUCGUUUUUUGUCACCAUUACAGUAGCGUCACCGGCCACCAGCGGCUUCCAAGUGAUAGUGGCCCUCGUAGGAUACCUUGGUAACGCUUGCAAUAUGAUGAUAUACCCAUUCAUUAUCGAGGUGUGCGUGACGUAUGCCCUCCAUGGAAUAUCCACCAGACGAUACGUGAUUUUCAAGGACGUGUGCUUGGUGCUUCUGGGUUUGUUGUUGUUCGCGUGCGGUACGUCCAUGCUCGUGGUGCGUAUAAUUCACGGCGUUGACUGA